ACGCCUCACUCACUGCACUGUGCUCUUGCCUAGUACACCUGUGUUUAUUUUAGAGGUUGAGGUAUUUUGUGAGAGUUCUAGAAGUGAAAGUCUCAAUCCAUCCUUGCUCUUGGUUGCUUGGAAAAAUGCAGUUGUUUCGCACAGUAUGGGCCGUUGUUACGCUAAUGUUGGCUGCUGUCGAACUAGCAGAGAUGAAACGUGAUUACUAUGAUGUUCUUGGCGUAGACCGCAAGGCUACAACACAACAGAUCAAGAGGGCAUUUAGGAAACAGGCUGCCAAAUAUCAUCCUGACAAAAAUAAAGAUCCAGGAGCAGAGGAUAAAUUCAAAGAAAUUAAUGAAGCCAAUGAAGUAUUGUCAGAUGAAGAGAAGAGGAAAAGGUAUGACAUGUUCGGCCAUGAAGGACAGCCUGGCGCCGCACCCCAGUGGCAAGAAGGUCCGGCCGGCCAUGGUGGAUUCCAGUUUACUUUCGAUGACGAUCUUUUCCGCAACUUCUUUGGCCAAGAGUUUGGAGGUGAAAAGUUCCACUUCAAUCAAAGAGAGUUCCACGGAAGACAACCUCAUCAAGGCCAUCAACAUCACAACUUCUUCAGCUUCAACGACUUUUUUGAAGAGGAAGACUUCCCACAAAGAACAUUCGGAGACUUCUUCGGUGAAAGAGAUCCUCACAGGUUCGGCGGUGGCAGCUCAUAUUUUGGAAGCCAUUAUGGAGGUGGUCAUCAUAAUCAUCACGAGCCUCGCGCUUAUCAACAGCAAAGUCGCUGGAGGUCGUCUGGUCACACUGGCACUCGAUGCAAAACUGUCACUCAACGAAUAGGAAACACCGUCACUACCUACACUCAAUGCUCUUAGACCUCCCACCACGACGUCUGUAUAUAUGUAAUUAUCAUUUUAAUUUUAGGUUAAAUUUAAAGAUUGCUGAGUAAAGAUUGUGUCAAUUAGGAUGACGAUUUGGAGGGAUGAGGGAGAGGCAGAAUAAUGUGUUUACACACGCAGGUGGUCAGCCUGUAGUGUGGGACUCCUAUGAGUAUAAGACCCUUAGACUGCCCACUGCAAACUUCCUCCGAAAGGAGAGUCGCACCACCAGACGCUAGUGGUAAUUAAAUUAAUCCAGCAGCAAUUAAUUGUUAAAAUUUUACAAAAUUACAAAAGCGACAGUGGUAGGGGAAGGGUUCUUGUGGGGAUGUACAUCCUGCUUGCACACUAAUGGACACGAUAUAUAACAAGGUAUAUUGAAAUUCAAGCUUAGGCUGAAGGGUAAAAUGUAGAACUUAAUUACAGUGGUCCUGUUAUCCCGAAAUCUAACUGUUCCAAAAGGUUUAGAAAAAAAUAAAAUUGUUUAACAUAAAACGAAGAAAAAUAUUUUAUUUGCUGCUGUACAAAGAGGUUAAUGACAGGCUAUUUUAGUAUUAAGGUAUUCAGGUCCACCCUUAUUCUGUAACAGAAACUUGAGUUUUAUGUUCGUAUAUAAACACAGGAAAUCAUUUCUAGAUAGAGGGAAAAAAUUUAAGCAUGUUAAAAACGACAAAGACUUUCUUCACAUAAUAUUCUACGAAAUAUGAAAAAAAACAUAUAGGUUACGCUUUAUGAAAAUGUCUAAAAUUGCAUUAAAUCACAGAGAAGGAAGGUACAGUGGAAACACGCUUAUGGGAUGACCGUGUGGAAAUGUUUUUUUGUCAAGCAAGGAAGAGCCUGAACAGGUGAUCGUUUUAUGUUAACACUCUGGGAAUUUCUAUUGUACAGGGCAAAGGGUCUUCCUCCACCGUAAACGUUGUAGUUCAUGAGGGCGAGGGGGCAGUGUUGUAUUUUGCCCUAGACACUAGCACUAGUGCUAGACACCACUUUAGUGUCCCAAUGAAUGUUUCCUCUGUGACCAGAGUGGAUAUUGGGGAGAAGAGUGAGCAGGAUAGGAGAGAUGAUGAGACAAAUAUUUGUCACACAGAUUCCAUGGGUUAUUUCUACCUUUCACCUAAUCCGUUAUCAAUUAUGAAUAGAUCAGACGUCCUUGUACUGCUUAUUCCAAAUUUCCACUAAUACAAAAAGGUUUAGUCCCAAUUACAGUCGAAUAUCUAUUAACCAAAACACUUUUGACCGAAAUACCAAUUUACCGAAAAGGCAACAAAAUUAAUUUUGCAGCAAUGGUAGCAUGCAGCGCUGGUGCAAAACAUUAUACUUUAGCCUCCUACAUAACUAAAAGAAAGUUUAGGGUGGCGAGGAAAGUCUUUGACCUCUAUCGCUGCCAGGAACCGCUGGGGAAAGAAAAAAAAUGCAAGAUUAAAAAAAACAAUAGGCAGCCUAUUUAUCUGUGUAGAAAACAUAUCUUGUAUUAGUUAAAAUUGCUUUUCAACUUGACUUAUAGCUUUAUUUUGUUUUUCCUAAUUUAGACAAAUACCAAGACAAAAUCAUGUUUUGAACCAAAAUUUAGGUUAGGCCUAUAUAAAAUGACUUUGUCCCCCUUUAUUUUGAAUAACAGCGAAGUUUGGAACAGCGGGAUUACUGUAUUCAUAUCACAUUGGAAUAUUUAUUGAUGAUUAAGAAGAAAUAUAAUGAAAAAGUAUGAAUUUCCUCUUAGGUUGUUACAGCGUAGUAGAAAAAGCACUAUAGUAUGAUUUUAUAAGUUACUGCACUAAUUUUUGAAAAGCAACGUUCCUUUGCAACAAUCUCUAACAUUUAUGUAAUAGAAAGUUGAUUUCUAAUUGCUUUAAUCUCUUUGAAAGUGUAGAACAAUGUUUGAUAUGUAAAUUUUAAACUUACCUUGAACUGUAUAAUAAUGUAUAAAAAUGAUACUGUGAUAAAAUUGUGUAAAAAUGUUACUUCAAUUCAAGGUUAGUACCUAUAAAUAAGACUAAUAUACAAAUAGAGUUACCAUUUGGGAAAUGUCUGGACUCAGUUUUGGACAAUUUUCUUCCUAUUAAAAUAAAUAUACUGUGUAUUUUUUUGGGAUACUACUACAGUAGACCCCCUCUUAACCGACCCUAAUGGGACCAGAUCUAGGUCGGAUAACUCAAAAGGUCGGUUAAAACAGGCAAUCCCUAAAAUCAUAACAUAAUGAAGUGCUAUUAAUUUGGAAUUAUAUAAUCAUCAUUUUGAAGUCAUACUUUCAUUACUGUAUUUAUAGAAUAAACUACUAUUAUCUCCUUUUCGUGUUGAUAGAAAAGUCACAAAUAAACACAAAACGGUUAAGUCAAAUAAGCCUACUUUCAGUGGAAUUAUGAUAGUUCUAGGCAAGAGUCAAUAAAAAUUCCUAUUUUAAUAACUUUAGUACCUACUAUGUAUUAAUUGAUGCUUUCCAAAUCCAUCGUAAUACAGUACAAAACCUUUUGUUGAAAUUAAAGAUACAAGCAAGAGGCACAAAAACUAACUUGACCUUGAACUAAGUUGUUAACCCUCCUUCCCUGCCCUCCCUACAAGUUGCCUUGUUUGUUUACUCCAGCGAUAAGAUAAUCAGUUCUCAAAAUCAUAACGCACUUUACGAUGUUAUAAAUUUGCCGCACAGAUAACAAAUCAGAUCAGAUGUGCUUGCGCUACGAACGAUGAUGACAAACUAACAAUAUGCUAUAUUUUUUGUGAUCAAUACAAAAUAACUUAUUCUUAGUCAUAUCCUGUGGAGAUAAGCAUAUGGUUCAGUUCUCAUCGCCCAGCGUGGGAGCGGAAAUGCCGAGACUCCUAGAAAGCGGCGGUUAAACCGAACUGCUCUCAAAGCAAUCCGAUUAUCGGUUAAUACCAGGUCGGUUAAGAGGGAGUCUACUGUAUAAAAAUCAUAUAAACACUAUGUAUGCAAUAGGCUAUGUGGUUUUGUGCCAUGCUACAAUCCAAACAAAGUAUGGUCUUUUAUCCUUUCUCUACAAAUCAAAAUCUAACCCAUUAAGUUAUUUAAUUUUCAGUUCUUAACUACCCUGUUGUGUUGGUGAGGAUGUAUAGUUUUAGCAGUUUAGCUUGUUCAAAACUUUACAACAGGUUUAAAUCAUGACUUUGUUAUAUCAGUUUCCCUAAGACUGGAAAUUCCAUCAGCAAGAAGCACUAAUUAAUAUCAAGAGGCAAUUAUUAACUAUGUAUACAUCGUCUAAAACUCUGCAUUAAAUUUAAAUGACAUUUUGUCUAUCAGUAGUUGUAUCAUUGCGAAACAGUGUUCUACUUGCAUGCAAGUUGUUUUCUACUUACAAAUUUCUUGCACAAUACGGUUCAGUUAUUAGGAAUCUGUUUUGAUCCUGGAAAUACUCUUUUCUUUUUUAAAUGUCCCUCCUUUACAUCCAGGACGCAAGGCUCUACUUGGAACUGUUUUACACAUUACUUCAGUUCAGACUAGUCCUAGAGGGUCACGGCAUUAUUACACAGAUUAUAUCCAUUGGUGGGAUUUGAAUCUGGGACUGAAGUUCCACAUUCUACCUCUAGACCAGGUCAUUCCCCCCUAUGACCUUAAGUCGGAAAUUUAAGUCUCCAUAAACUGGAAAGCCGUUCAAAAGGUGGUUUUCAUUUUUCUCCAUAAGAAAUAUAAUUAUGGAUAGCUGAGGAGCUGAUGAAAUCUUGCACUCCUUCAAUAGUGCCUCUUUCCAUAUCCUGAGCCAGGUGAAGCUACAUACAACCUGAGAUCAAGGAAGAAAGACUGGCAUUAAGAUGUUCGGACAAGCUGUGUUGGUAUUUGUAGAUUUCUAAACAGAAAUGCCGACUCAUUCCCUACUUUUUCGAGCAGUUUGUUUGUUGCGGAACAGCGAAUAUUCAUAAAAAACUACAAGUACUGAAGUUCAUUGAGUGACUUACACCCAUCCACACUAGUAGAGAUUUGGCUAGUAGCUACUCGACACUGGACAAAUGCAGCAUGCGCUUUCCCUCUUGAGUUUUCCUAACUACUCUCAUGGCCCUAUGACGUCCUCACAAACAUCAGCACUACUUAAAAGUAAAGGAACACUGUAUUCAGCAGUAGAGUCAACCAGGAACAAAGCAGUAAAACCUAAAUAUUUUUACAAACCAUGUAUUUAAAAUUUGAGAAAAUUAAAAUCCAAAUAUUGUCUGACGGACUGGACUCUAUUAAUCUUUUAACAAGUUUAUUGUGAUCAGGCGCUCUUGAUUCUUAAUUAAGUUAUCUAAACUUAAGAAAAAUAUGCCUGAUAUUUGAAGUCCAGUUGUAUCCAAUUAUUUAAUAUGCAUAUGAAGCAUCUAUACACUAGAUAGAAUCCCUAGUUCCGAUAUACAAUUCUAAAAUUAGUGCCUGUUUGUAAUUUUAUAGAUAGUAAAAAUAAGUUUUAAAUGUCAUUAUUGUGCUAUGAAAGGUGAUUUAUAAUAUCAAAACUAGACUCUAUAACAUGUUAGGCCUUUUUGCACACAUACAGCUUCACACUUUGUUUUGGUUUUAAUGUGAAGUACUGUACCUUGAUUCAGUAUCACUAAUCAAUAUUAUUUUGGUGAUAUUAGUCAAUAUUAUUUAGUUUUAUAUUCCUAAUUUAUUCAAAAAAGAAAUUUAUAUUCAUAAAUUCAUACUUCCUUAGUAUGAUUAUUCAUACUAGCCGUAGACAAUUUAAAUUGCACUUUUAAGUGUGUUGACAUCUCUUUAUUUUUCUAGUUUUAAAGUUAUUACGACCAAAUAAAACAAUCUUUUGGAAACUGCUGCUUAUACACAGCGCGAAAAAUAACAGAGAAAUGUGUGACACUAGUAUCAAUAUCAAAACGUUCGACACAUGAAAUAUAUAUUUAAACAAGCUCGAGAUUUCACAACAGGAUUAGAUGCCUACUUGCAGUUUCCAAAGGCGAUUCUAUAACCCAAAUUAUCUUGCAUUUUGCUUACGAUUUGUUAGACUGAUUUUCUGUUUAUUAUACCCAAAAUGCUAAAAAAUUAGAAGUAAAUAAUAAGGAUGGGGUUGUUUUAGCAGUUUAGCUUAUAACUUAAACGUCGCACAUUGAACUUCACUAAGUUUUAUGACUUUGUAUCAUUGUAAUAGUUUUUACUUAAAUACUUAUGUAUACACCUAGGGUACAAAUUCCAUGCAGUUUAACAGCUGUUUUAUGUGUAAAAUAAUUCGGAAAAUGAUUAGAAGUGAUGUCUUAGUGUGCAAAAGACCUAACUAUCCCAAGGUACAGACUAGGUUAAGUCAAGGAGUGUUACUACUGUUUCUUAGUUUUAAAUGGUAACAGUAGAAAGUCUAUUAAAAUAAGUAUGUUAUAUAUCAGGUAAUUAAUUGUUAAUUGGUUUUGGCAGGUAGAUCUUGCUAACCUUAAAAUUAAACUCAAUUGGUACAUCAAAAAAUACAUUACAUCACAACAUCACAGUUUUUGCAAUUCUAUCCAACAAAAUAUAGAUUUGCUAGUAUAUAGACUAUAGAGUGAUUAGAAACAAUUGUUAUUUUUUAUUAGUGUUAUCUGUGUUUUUUUUAGUUCUAUUGAAAACUUAAAUUAUGCCAUGUGAAAACGUUAAGAAUAUAUUUGACUUCUAUUAUAAUAUUUCCUUUAUUAUUGUAAAACUAUAUCAAAGCUACAAUACGUUUUUCCUUGUGAGUGUUACGUUAGUAACUCUUCUACAGUUAGUACUUCAAUUACAGAUUUGUCAAAAAAUUAUUUACAAAUCAUAUUUUCUAUAUUGACACCUUUGUAGCUUUAAACGAAACAUUAAAAGACUGUUAUGCGUUGUAAACUAAAAAAUAUUUCUAAUUUAGUUAUAUCACCUAUGAUUUGGUUAGUGAUUACCUUAAUUGUAUUAUUUUUAUAGUUGGUUGUGUUAUGUGAAGGUACUUGAAUUUUAAGUAUCCGUCAAUAUUCUGACGUGUAACAAAAUUAACCCUAGGGCAGUUCCUUUGGAUAGUUUCACUGAAAAUCUGUUGGCUUUGACAGUAGAUAGAUUGAGACAUUGUUGUUCAAGUUGUAACCACUUAAAAACAAAAUGAAUUGUAAUUAAAUUUUAGUCACCGACAGAGUAUGCUGAUUAUAAAUUACUGAUUUUUAUCUUGCGUGUAUUUACAAUAUACAAAAGUCAGUAGCAUUAAUUAAUGUUGAUAGUACCAAUAAGCUGUUAGAACUGUUAUAAAUAAGAUAUAAUUUACUUUCUCAAAUUGACACCCAAUGCAAAAAACUGGCAAACUGAGAAGAUUCUAUUUUUAUAACAUACAGCAUUUCAGUCAGUAAAUUACUCUCUUAUUCGAGUGCCAUCUAUUAAACGUUUUAACUCUGUGGAGAAAAUAAUUAACCUUUCAAAAUUAUGUCAGUUACCCUUGAUGGACACUUAAAAGACAAGUACAGUCAUAUCCCUAUAAUCUGUAUUUAUUUGUAAAUAUCGUAAGUGAACCUAGCUGUAUUCGCGUUUCUAUUGUCUAAUAAAUUUUAUUGACAUUA